AUGGCGCUAGCAAACGUCACUCCCCGCGCGAGCGUGUCCAUGGAGGAAAUGCUCUUCCUUGUGGACAACAUCACCAACGGGUCUUCCGCUAACACCACCGUAGCUCUCCAGCCCUAUCCCAGCGGCUACACCCUGCCUCAGAUAGUGGUGGCCUCCACAGUCGUCACUCUCCUCAUGAUAGCCGUCGUGGUGGGCAAUAUGCUGGUGAUCAUCGCCAUCACCACGGAGAAGGCGCUGAAGAACAUUCAGAACUGGUUCAUCGCCUCUCUGGCGGUGGCGGACUUCUUCCUCGGGCUGGUCAUCAUGCCUUUUUCGCUGGCGAACGAGCUGAUGGGAUAUUGGAUCUUCGGGGCUUGGUGUAUCACGCAGGCCGUGGAAUAUCUCAAGAAGCGGACUCCAAUGAGAGCCAUCGUCAUGAUAACGGCCGUGUGGCUAUUAUCAGCGCUGAUCUGCAUUCCUCCACUGCUUGGCUGGAAAGUGGAAAGGACGGCAGAGGAGCAGUACCCAAAAUGCCAGCUUAUUUCAUCACUCACCUUCUUGCUCACUCACGACAUAAACAACACAGCAACGACAGACACGCCAACCCACAACAAAACCCUCGACAACACUCGUCAUCCUGCUGUGGUUGUGGCGGCGGAGGAGGUGGCGGGUAGUAUUGAGGCUGGUAUCCAGGUUGCUGGAACUGAGGUGGUGGCGGUCCAGACGGCGGGGGGCCGUAUUGCUCCGGGCCGUAGCGUCCUGGUGCGGGAGGUGGACCUUGGUAGUUAG